AUGUCUCAGCCAAGUAAGGCCGACAUCUACGAGCUGCAACAUCGAGCUGUCGACAAUCAAUGGGACGAUGAGCUCCGUCAAACCGACGCUUCCGGCGUCGCAACCGGCACCAGAGAGGAUGCGUUGGACAUGUUGCGGCUGGGGAGAACGCAGGAGUUGCGGCGAAACUUCAAGUCCUUCUCGAUCCUGGGUAUGGCUGCGGUGACCAUGGCGACCUGGAUUGCGAUACUGCAGGCUUCAAUCUUCAGCUUGAUCAAUGGAGGGUUGGCCGGUACCAUUUGGGUGUAUUUAGCCACCUGGAUAUUCACCAUCUCGCUCGUCCUAUCGCUGGCAGAAAUGGCAAGCAUGUCACCGACAAGCGGAGGCCAGUAUCACUGGGUGUCCGAAAUGGCUCCUCCCAGCCAGCAACGAUUCUUGAGCUACGUCGUCGGCUGGCUAUCAGCGCUCGGAUGGCAGGCGAUCAUCGCAGGUGGCUCCUAUACCAGCGCCACGCUGAUCUUCCAACUGGCAGCACUCAACCAUGAUGGCUUCGUGUACAAGCCCUGGCAUGUCACGCUCCUGAUGAUAGGCGUCGGUGUGUUCGGUACCCUUGUUAACACGUUCGGCGCGAGAAAGUUGCCACUGUUGGAAGGCCUCAUAUUGUGCCUUCAUAUCUUUGGAUUCUUUGCCAUUAUCAUUCCAUUGUGGGCAAUGGCUCCAAAGGCUCCGGUAAGCGACGUCUUCGGAAGCUUCUCCAACUUUGGAGGUUGGCCAUCGAUUGGUGUGGCAUGCAUUGUCGGUCAAAUUGCGGCAACGGGUGCUUUCGUCGGGAGUGAUGCUCCUGUGCAUCUGUCCGAAGAAGUCAACAACGCCUCGCUUGCUGUACCACGGAUGAUGCUGGGAACCAUUCUGCUAAACGGUGCGAUGGGGUUCGUUAUGAUCAUCACAUUCUGCUUCUGCAUUACGGACAUCACGGCGGUCAUUAGUUCGGAGUCACCGUUCUUGUUCGUCGAUGUCUUCUACGCGGCCACCGGAAGCAAGGCUGGCGCUACCGUGAUGGCCUGCAUACCGCUCCUCCUUACCUGCUGUACUGCUCUGAACGCCAUGGCAGCGGCGUCUCGUCAGGCUUGGUCCCUGGCGCGGGACGGUGGCUUGCCCUUCUCCGGCUGGUUUCGGAAGGUUGUGACGAUCGGCACGCCGAUCCCACUCAACGCCAUCUUAUUCUCGCUCACCAUUCUGGUAAUUCUUGCAUUGAUAAACCUGGGCAGCUCGACAGCAUUCAACAGCAUCGUCGCGCUCCUCAACAGCGCGUGCUCGUUCUCCUACGCAUUGAGCGUUGGUUGCAUAUUGCUGAGGCGUGUCCGUGGGCAGUCCAUCCCAGAUGCACGGUGGUCUCUUGGAAAGUUCGGACUGCCACUGAAUGUUAUCUCUUUCCUCUUCGUCAUCUUUUCAGGAAUCAUAAGCUUUUUCCCAGUGACAGCAGAGGUAGAACCCUCGACGAUGAACUGGGGCGUGGUUAUGUUCGGCGGCGUGUUCGCGAUCGCAAGCUUGGACUACCUCGUGCGCGGCAGAAGGAAGUAUGUUGGGCCAGUGGCUCAUAUCAAGAGGUUUUAG